AUGACCGUCCUAGACAAAGACGAACUCUUCAGAAAGGCUGUCGCCGCCGUCCUCGCCCAAUGGACUAUUUUGAACCUCGCAGUGGAGCAUUCGUGGGGGGGGCGUGGGCCGCAGCGCCGCCGUCAAGAUCUCUACGAGUGGAUUAUUUCCACGUUUAGCACCAGUCGAGUGAACUCGACGUGGCUGGCGGGAGAGCUGAGCUUGAAGCUGGAAGGCAUGUUUCACGUGAUUGCCGAGGAUGAGUCCGACGUGGAAGUGGCGGAGCUUCUGGUAGCGCUCCAUUCUAGCACGCGUUGCGGCGACUUUUCGCUCGCCAAGGAAGUACUGGAGAGGCACCAGAGCUGCUCGGCAGCGGCAUCCGUUGACGGGUCUCGCGUCCGACACCCUGGGGCUGCGGGAGACAGCGUGGGUGGACAUGCAGGCCACGCCAGCGACUCGUCCUCCGAUCAGGAAUGUGACAUGGAGGAGGAUCUCGCUGGGCUCAUGGCAAGCGCAAGCAUGACGCCGAUAGGCUGCGACGGACCUCCGGUGGGCUGA